AUGGAAGAAUUUCUUUUAACAAGAGAACCCCUUAAUAUCGUUAGAAUUUUCACAGCAUUAUUUGUACGAGUAGAGUAUGGUGAAUGGACAGGCGUUCUUGAAAAAGAGGUAGAGAAUUUUGAAAAUGUUUUGGUACAAGUUUUAAAACAAGUUCCCUCAGAGGAUAUUGAACGGAUAAAGAAGCUUCAAAGUUUUAGUACUGGAAAAAAAUUAGUGAAACUGGCAUAUAUACUAGUGAAUGGUGCCUUCGAAGAUUUAUGUUCUCUUACAGAAAUGAAGGCUCUGGUGAUUGAUGCGGAGACUUGGCCUGACGAUAUAAACGCAAAUUUGCAUUUUUUAAAACAUGAUGUUGAACAAGUAAAUAUUGAAAGCCUUGGAUUCGACCAUCCAAUAUGUUCCGGAGUUCUUGAUAUCAAAUCCGAACCUUUUACAAAGAUGCCUGGAUUAUUUUGUGAUGUUUUUAAGGAACCUUUCCAAAAAUAUAAGUUAGAUCAAAACGAUAUGAUAAUGGAUAUUUGUAAAGAGUUCAUUCAUAAUGAAAAAUCGAAGAUUAAUGUGGAUGAUGAUUUGAGUAAUGUUGAAUAUGGGAGAUGGUUAGAUAAUUCUGAGAAGCUUCAAACAAUGUCUAAACAGAUACUAGAAGCAUUACUUAAAGUUUGGAAAUCGCCCAAGUACAAUGCCUAUUCAAAGAAAGGGAAACCGGUUAAUGAAGGGUCAUAUGUUUGCGAAGUACUCGCGCCUUUAAUAAACAUAGUGAUGAGUGAUUUACCUGGGAACCCAGUUGUAUGGGAUAUAUGGCCCGAUUAUAUGACUAUAGUACAACUAGAAAAGAGUGUAGAGCUUGAAAUUGUAUAUCUAGAAACUGGUAAACCGAAUUCCACCCAGGACAAAUGA